AAGUGAUAAAAAUCACAACAACGCUAUUCAAAAUUCUCAUUCUCUCUUUUCAUCGCUAUUUCUAUUAUCCUCUGAAAACAAAAUUCCCAAAUUUUCCUCAAAAAUUGAAAAACCCUAACCAUGGGGAACACCGAGAAGCUCUUGAAUCAGAUCAUGGAAUUGAAAUUCACCUCGAAAUCGCUACAACGACAAUCAAAAAAGUGCGAAAAGGAAGAGAAAGCAGAAAAACUCAAAGUAAAGAAAGCGAUCGAAAAAGGUAACAUGGACGGUGCACGGAUCUACGCAGAAAACGCGAUCAGAAAACGAACGGAGCAAAUGAAUUAUCUCCGAUUAGCUUCCCGAUUGGACGCCGUCAGUGCUCGUCUCGAUACACAGGCGAAGAUGUCAACGAUCAGUAAAUCGAUGGGAAACAUCGUGAAAUCGCUUGAAUCUUCUCUUGCAACAGGAAAUUUGCAGAAGAUGUCAGAGACUAUGGAUCAAUUUGAGAAACAGUUUGUGAAUAUGGAGGUUCAAGCGGAGUUUAUGGAAAGCGCUAUGGCUGGAUCUACAUCGCUUUCGACACCGGAAGGUGAGGUUAACAGUUUGAUGCAACAGGUGGCGGAUGAUUAUGGACUUGAGGUUUCCGUUGGUCUUCCUCAGCCGGCUGGUCAUACUGUUCCGGUUAAGGAGAAGGAUAGUGAGAAAGUGGAUGAAGAUGAUUUGUCGAGGCGUCUCGCCGAGCUUAAAGCUAGAGGUUAAUGUAAUGUUGAUCUUACUUUCGAGUUUCGAAUUGCGAAUUGAAGAAUGAAGAAUCCACUCUUAGUUAUUAUACUAUUGCUAUUAUGUUUUUAUGUCUAUGCUUUUGAUGAGUGGUUUGUGUAUAUUUUUUAACUGAAUUUGGCUGGUAAGAUUUAACAUUAAGAGAUAAUGUUAUGUUAUGUUGUGUGCA